CGUGGUUAAAUCAACAUGGCAGCGCCCUGUACACUUCUGUGAGAGUGGAAGUGAAAGUUGAAUAUAAAAAGCAGAGUGAUGGCAGAUGUCAGCAGCAGCCCAGUGGCUGAUACUCCCGCCUCACACGAGGAGAAGCCGGAUGACCUCCCUCAGGUCUCCAACAACGAUGAUGUAAAGUCUGACGACAAAGCAGAAGGGGGGAACGAGGCCGCCUCUGACCCGGACAUGUACCGCUACAUCAAAGAGGACCUCUUCACGUCCGAGAUCUACAAAGUGGAGAUCAAGAAUCUCCCCAAGUUCACUGGUUUCAACGACCUGAAGAAGUUCCUGGCCAAACACGGCCUCAACCCGCACAAAAUCAAGCUGUUUGGCAAGCAGACGUUCGCCUUCGUCACCUUCAAGAACGAAGAAGAGCGCGACAAGGCCAUGAAGAUGGUCCACGGCAUGCAGUGGAAGGGUCAGGUGCUGAGCGUCAGGCUGGCCAAACCCAAAGUGGACCCCAUCCUGAGGAAGAGGAGGCAGGAGGAAGGAGAGCUGGUGGGAGGGCAGCCCCCAUCCAAGCGAGCAGAGGGGGAAGAGGAAGAGGAGCCGCUCAGUGUCCAGAUAGCCAACGUGGUGACUCCUCUGUGGAACGUGCCGUAUGAGGAGCAGCUGAGGAGGAAGGAGCAGGAGGUGGUGGGGGUUCUGCAGAGGCUGGCCAAAGAGAUCGGCAGCACCAACAAAGCCAUGUUGCCGUGGCUGUUUGCGCAGAAAGGGAAGUACAACAGAAUGUGUUGUUCUCUGGAAGCUAUCCGACCGUCUCCUACACAGACGGACUACAGGAACAAGUGUGAGUUCCUCAUUUCGGUGGGUGCAGAUGGGGAGGAUAAGACCAUCGGUUUCCGCCUGGGGAAAUAUAAAGGCGGCUCCUGUGCUGUGGUGGGGCCGGGCGAGACGCGCCACGUCUCGGCCGAGGCCAAGAGAGUGGUCAGCGAGUUUCAGAAGUUCAUCAGGACAACAUCGUACUCUGUGUACAGUCCUGAAACAUAUGAAGGACACUGGAAGCAGCUGACUGUAAGGACUACGAGGACCAAACAAGCCAUGGCUGUCGCGUUCUUCCACCCGCAGAAACUCCAAGAAGACGAAAUCAAAGCAUUAAAGAGCUCCAUGAAGACGUACUUUACAGAAGGAGAGGGGAAAGACAGCGGAGUAACCUCUCUUUACUUUGUCAGAGAGGGUCAACGGACUUCGCCUAACCUAGAGGACUUGCCCUGUGAGCUGGUGGCUGGAGAGGCCAGCAUUCAUGAGGAACUCCUGGGUCUCAAGUUUAGAAUAUCUCCUCAUUCCUUCUUCCAAGUGAAUACAGGAGCUGCUGAGGUGCUGUACUCUGCUGUGGGAGAAUGGGCCCAGCUGGACCAGGACAGCACCGUGCUGGAUGUGUGCUGUGGGACGGGAACUAUCGGCCUCUCUCUGGCUAAGAGGGUGAAGAAGGUGAUCGGAAUCGAAAUGUGCCAGGAGGCUGUGGAGGAUGCCAAGGUUAAUGCAAAGGUCAAUGGUCUGAGUAAUGUGGAGUUUCACUGUGGAAAAGCCGAGGACGUGUUCCCCAACAUCCUCAAUGCUCUCGUGUCGCCCAACCUCACAGCCAUUGUGGAUCCGCCGAGGGCCGGCCUACAUUCCAAGGUUAUACUUGCCAUCAGGAGGGCAGAGCAUCUGAAGAGGCUGGUUUAUGUAGCAUGCAAUGCUAAGGCUGCCAUGAACAACUUCAUUGAUCUGUGCAGAGCACCAUCCAAGCGAGUUCAUGGGGCUCCAUUUCGACCGGUGCGAGCCAUGGCCGUGGAUCUGUUCCCUCAGACCAUGCACGUCGAGAUGCUUUUGCUGCUGGAGAGAGUGGACUACGACUCCCAGAAGACCAGCAAGCAAUAAGGGGGAGACAUUCUGUGCCAUCUAAUACCCACACUACCAUACUGUUUAGCGUGCCACAAAAAGAUUUAGUAUGUCAGAAAUAUCAGGAUGUCCUACUGCAUCCGGCCGGAUAUUAGUAAGGAUGUGAUUCGGAAUUGUCAUAACAUUGCAUUCUGGCUUGCAAACUGCUAAAUGGGGAUGUCCAGUUGGACAUCCUGGUAUUUUUGGCACAUUGAAAUUGAUAAUGUAUUAGAAAAUACCUGGCUCACUGAAUAGUAUUGUAUGGGUUUUGGGAUGCUCAGAGGGUCUUGCCUUUUAAAAACAGGCCCUGUCCUUUGAUAGGUAGCAUGGGCUUUCCAUACUAGAAAUGUAUGCACUCACUUCUUUGAAAUUUGUUACGUGUUUUUUUUCCUGUUGAAGUAAACUGCAAGGUCUUAGUCUUAAUUUUAAAGAGUCAGUUCAUUCUAUCCAGUCCUCUUUUGUAAUGAAAUAUUAAUUCAUGCUUCAAAUAAAGUUGCUGUUAAUAUAGUAUGCUUUGGCCCGUUAUGCUUUUUUUUAGUUUGAGAACUUUUGUUAGAUGCUAUCUUGAAUAAAAUUUUAGCCUUCACCUCCUGAAGCUCGAUACCUUGUUCCGACUGUUGAAGUGUAAAGCUGGAGCAGUGGGUACUACGGAAUAAAUAGCUCAAAGUAUUAAAGUGCCACCUCAGUUGAACUUCUUGUUUCAUCAUUCUGGAACUGAAUAAAAACAGCCUUCCUAA